CUUUUAAUGGCUCUGGCGUGCACCGACUCUGCAAAUUCCACAUUUUCACGUGUCGACUCACCGACUUCCGGCCCAUCGGACCAGCUAACAACUCAUGACUUGGAUCGCCACAUAGAAAAGCUGAUGAGAUGUGAGCUCAUCGCGGAGCAAGAUGUCAAAACACUUUGCGCAAAAGCUCGUGAAAUCCUAGCGGAAGAGGGCAACGUCCAGGUUAUCGAUUCUCCGGUGACGAUCUGCGGAGACAUCCACGGCCAGUUCUACGAUUUAAUGGAGCUCUUCAAAGUCGGCGGACCAGUGCCGAACACCAACUAUUUGUUCCUCGGAGAUUUCGUGGAUCGAGGCUUCUAUUCUGUGGAGACAUUCCUUCUACUUCUCGCACUGAAAGCUCGCUAUCCGGAUCGAAUGAUGUUGAUCCGUGGAAAUCACGAAAGUCGCCAGAUUACUCAAGUCUACGGGUUCUAUGAUGAAUGCCUUCGGAAAUAUGGAAAUGCGUCUGUUUGGAAACAUUGUACCGAAGUUUUCGACUACUUAUCACUUGCCGCUGUAAUUGAUGGGAAGGUUUUCUGUGUUCAUGGUGGAUUAUCCCCGUCGAUUAGUACUAUGGAUCAGAUUCGUGUUAUUGAUCGGAAGCAGGAGGUUCCCCACGACGGUCCAAUGUGUGAUCUACUGUGGUCGGACCCCGAAGAAGGAAAUGUUGGAUGGGGCCUAAGUCCACGCGGAGCCGGUUAUCUAUUCGGAGCGGACGCGUCGAAAACGUUUUGCGAAACGAACGGAGUCGAUUUGAUCUGUAGAGCUCAUCAAUUGGUUAUGGAAGGAUAUAAAUGGCAUUUCAACGAGAAAGUGCUCACUGUUUGGUCGGCGCCCAACUAUUGUUAUCGAUGCGGCAACGUGGCGGCAAUUCUCGAGCUCGACGAGAAUCUCAACAAGGAAUUCACAAUUUUCGAAGCUGCUCCACAAGAAAAUCGCGGAGCACCGGCCAAAAAACCGCACGCCGACUAUUUCCUCUAAUUUUUUCUCGAAAUUUUCUCGAAAUUUCUUUCUCGCCCAAAAAUUCCGAAGAAUCUCCCCCUUUUAUAUCGCCGAAACACCAUUUUUUUCCUUUUUUUUUUGCUCCCACAAAAAUAUUUCAAUAUUUAAUUAUUAUUUUCCACACACACACACACAUUUUUCUGUAAAUGUCCACCCCCCUCCAAAUUUUACGGAUUUAUUUUUUUUUCGACAAAAAAAAGUAUUAAAAUUUAUUUCAUGCU